GGGAUCGAUCGCCUCCAUGGCGCUGUGGUUUGCUCGCGCAGCUCGAAAGCUUCGCCGCCUCCCGCCGGCGGCUGCCCGCUCCAUCUUCCCCUUCGCUUCCCCUCCGCCAAUUCCUAGCUCUUCCUCCAUCCUCUAUAUUUUUGGAUCUCCCAUCCCGCGUCUGAGUCGCCCUCCUUGGGCGGGAUCGCCGCUUCUCGUUGGAUUCCCCCAUCAUCUGUCCUUCGCCUCUCUGUCCGGUUCCUCCAACGAAACCGAAGGGGAUGGAGUGGCGCGGAGUCCGGAAGAUGGAGCUGUGGAAGCGCCUCCGUCGUGGCUCGACGCCUACUUGCCCCCGUCGGUGCGCCCGUAUGCGCUACUAGCACGGCUGGAUAAGCCAAUAGGGUUAUGGCUAUUGGCUUGGCCUUGCACGUGGUCAAUUACCAUGGCAGCAACACCAGGGCACCUUCCUGACAUAAAAAUGUUAACAUUGUUUGGUUGUGGAGCUGUGCUUUUAAGGGGAGCUGGUUGUACUGUGAAUGACCUUCUUGAUCGUGACAUUGAUGUCAAGGUUGAGCGAACAAAAUAUAGGCCCAUUGCAUCUGGUAUGUUGUCACCAUUUCAAGGGCUUUGCUUUUUGGGUUUCCAACUUCUUUUAGGUUUAGGAAUCCUUCUGCAACUCAAUACUUAUAGCCAAAUUCUUGGUGCAUCAUCGUUAUUUUUGGUUUCCUCCUAUCCUCUUAUGAAGCGAUUGACAUUUUGGCCUCAAGCAUACUUAGGUUUAACCUUCAACUGGGGAGCUUUAUUAGGGUGGGCUGCUGUUAAAGAAAGUUUGGAUCCUGCAAUUGUCCUGCCAUUGUAUGCUGCUGGUGUCUGUUGGACCCUUGUAUAUGACACGAUAUAUGCACAUCAGGAUAAGGAAGAUGACAAAAUGGUGGGUGUUAAAUCAACAGCUUUGAGAUUUGGAAGUUUGACAAAGAACUGGGUUACUGGCUUUGCAAUUGCAUGCAUUGGCAAUCUAGCUCUUAGUGGAUACAAUGCAGAGCUUGCAUGGCAAUACUAUACAUUUCUUAUAGCUGCUGCUGGGCACCUAGGAUGGCAGAUUUCUACUGUUGACUUGUCUAGUCGUGCAGAUUGCAACAGAAAAUUUGUGUCAAACAAGUGGUUUGGAGCUAUCAUAUUCAGCGGAAUAUUAUUUGGUCGAUUAGCUUCAUGAGAGUUGCAGUUGGGUUCUUUUCAGAGCAUCUGAAUCUGAACUUUUGUAAGCAAUCACACUGAUUAUUGGAAAAAGUUUUUUUUUUUAGAAAAAAAAAAAGCAAGGUGGGAUUGAUUUCAUGGUCAUUUUAUAAAUUAAGAAUUGCUAAAACGAUUGUAUUUUUCUUACUAGUUACAAUUGGAUGCCUUGCGUUGAUUAAUUUAUCAUAACCAGCUACAAAACUUUGUUAUGAUUUUGUUGUUGUUGUUUAAGAAAAAUGAUCCAUGUAGAAGAUGAAGAAACUCAUUUUAUAGGUUUGGAAGAUGACGAAUAUAAAGGUUGGGACAGAGGUUCAUAUUUCUUAAUUUCUUUUUUUCCCCCCUCCAAGAAAAGCAUGCUUAUGCCUUGUUAUUGUUUUCCAAAUAUGACCCUGAAGUUUUUUAUAAUCUCACCUUGUCCGAUUUAAUUUUAAUACCUUUGCGUUAAAUUAUAUUUUCAGGGAUGUUUAAGAACGUGGAAAAAGGGGGGAAAUGGCUUUAGGAAGGAAAAUGAGCAGAGAAGAAAUGGAAAGGCUCCUAUAAAUUGUACUGAUAAAAUUCUAUACGUUUUAAAUGUAUUAUUUUUGAACUAGCAUUUGAAAGAUUUUAAAAGAAUA